GUUAGUAACAUUAUAUAUGUAGACUUGCCUGUUUUCACAGGCUUUACUUAUGCCACAACAGAACUUGCUGCUCAAAGUAGAGAUACGUUGUUAGCUCGUCAAGCCCAUCAAUUUCUAAGGAAGUGGUUAAUUGAUCAUCCAAAAUUUUUGUCAAACGAAGUUUACAUUGCUGGUGAUUCAUAUUCUGGCAUUCCCGUUCCAGCAAUUGUUCAAGAAAUUGCACAAGGUAAUGAGAAAGGGUUUCAACCAAGGAUAAAUCUCCAGGAAUAUGGAGAGUGUGGAGGAGGAAAGAGGUUGAAAGCAAUUGGGUUUGGUGUUAGAAGACCUAUUUUCAAUUUCUCGGAUAUGCUAGAAUGGAUGACGGGUUUCCCUCAUGUUCUUCGUUGUGAUGGCCUCGGUAGUAGGCAUUGUUCUGUUUGUGACCAUUAG